CUCCGCUUCGUGUCACAGGCAUCAUCACAGCGGCAGACAUUUGGCAAGGCAGGCAGCGGACUGCGGGUGUGUGGCUGGUCUGGCUGCAUCGGGAAAAGAUAGGGCUUUUUUGGUGUGAUUACCGCAGUGUUGUUCUUUUUCUCUGCCAUUUCCGGGCUGUAGAGUGAAUAGCAGCUCAAGGCAAAUGUGAUGGUGAUGCUGAGUACGCGUAUCUGAUUUGACUAGAUCGAGGCCAGGGGGAUCUGUAACAGCGUGGCGGUAGGAUAGAGGGAGGGAGAGCGAAAGAAACUGGGCUGUCCGUGACUGUCCGUCUGUCGCGCGCUCCGUGGUUGUGAAUGGACUGUGCUCCCUCUGUGAUUCUCUGCAGUCACUUUGAGCCGUUUUUGGAGGAAGAUGGCGGACAGGGCUGAGAUGUUUUCCCUCUCCACCUUCCACUCCCUCACUCCUCCAGGCUGCAGGCCUUCCCAUGACAUUAGUCUUGAGGAGUUUGAUGAUGAGGAUCUGUCUGAAAUCACAGACGACUGUGGAAUAGGACUCAACUAUGACUCUGAUCCCUAUGAAAAGGACUGUCUGAUUCUGGAGAAGAGCGAUAUGCACCACCCGGUCUGCUCCUUCCAGGACGACUUCCAGGAGUUUGAGAUGAUCGAUGACGAGGAUGAGGAGGAUGAGGAAGAUGAAGACGAGGUGGACCCUGAUGCUCCUCCCUCCCCCACCGCUUCCCCUCCUUCUUCCCCCACCCUUGGCACGCUGAAGAGCCGGCCCACCACCCUCAACCUCACCACCACUGUCUCACAGGACUCACUGAACAACAACAGCAGUCUUUCUCCAAAGAAGGGCAGCUGGCAGGACUCUCUACGCAACCCUACCUCACAGGGCCGUCUGUCUCCAACCCACUCUUGUCUGGAGGAUGGGAGUCACGUGACGGGCCAGUGCCCCUCCCAACCAGCCCCCCAGGCCCCAGGGUCCCAGAGCAAAGGUACUCCCCCCAAACAGGCAGGGGAGGGCACCUACCCCCAGUCCCCUCGCAGGCCCCUCCUUUGCGACAUGGAAGGCAACAGACGGGAGAGGCCUGAAUACGGCUCCUUCGGUCAACACAAGUCUCACCCGGGCUCUGAUGAGGUCAUUAAUUCCUCAGCUGACCCUCUGAUCUUCAGAGUUCCAUCCCUGGAUGACCAAUCCCAAUGCUCUGACACUGAGGUUGACCAUGACCUCAACAGCGCUGACCACAACCACAAAUUUUCACGGUCCUGCACGUCCACCCAGCGACGUGCCACCGACACCUACACGGUCACCACUGAGUCAGGCCUAGACCCGGAACUGGAGAACGACCCAGACGGGACCAGCCGAUGCCUGUCCUCCACUGCUCCCAUCGGGGGGAACGAUGGAGCUGACACCCCUCUGUCAGAUGAGGAGCUGGAGAAAGAUUUUGACGUAGAGUUUAUGUGUAAGGAGACCUAUGACAUGGUGUGUAAGGAGAACCAGAGCUCAGUCUACGUUGAGUUCCCCUCCAUCGAGCCCUCUGAGCUGGCUUCCUUCUCCAGCUACAUGUCAUCAAGCCGCUCUGAUGUUCUCGACCAAUCCCGAAGCACUGAUCAGAGCCAGCGUCCAGGUGCAGCCAAUGAGGUGGGCAAUGACUCCAACUCUCCAUCCUCAGACCCAGGCAUUGCUGACAUGAACGCCAAGCGGUGCUACACCACCUCAGACCAAGACCAGGAACUGAGCUCUCCCGGGUCAGACUCAGACAUCGAAGGGGAGCUUGAGGCAGCAUUCGCCUGCGGAGGACCCCUGGUCUCCAACAUGAUCUCCUCCAUCUCAGAGACAGAGCUGGACCUGACCAGUGAUGACAGUAGUAGUGGACGCUCCUCCCACCUCACCAACUCCAUUGAGGAGGCCAGUUCACCCACCUCCGACCAGGAACUGGACCCGGACACCGACCUGGAGAGCUUCAAACGCUCCUUCUACCUGCCAGUAGGACCAAGACUCAUACCCACCCAUGCUGAUGACUACGAUGGGAACAGUGAGGGAGGGUCCGAGUCGGAGAGCGAGGAUGAGCUGAGCGAGAAUUCAGACUCACCCUGGUUGCUAAGCAACCUGGUGAACAAGAUGAUCUCGGAGGGGUCUUAUCCAAUCAGCUGUCCUGAGGACUGUUUCAAGAGGUCAGUGUCCAUCUCGGACACCAUCUCACCCUCCUCGGAUAUCGAGGCCAGACGCGUUCACCGAACUGACACCAUCAGACCGGUGAUCGUGGAGCGCUAUGGCAACAGGGUAUCCACAGACAACAACCACACUCAGGACUCUGAGAAAGACUUCACCAGCCCUAAAUCAGGCAAAAACACCAAGAGGAAGGAUGAAGAAAGGGAUGAUAUUGUGGAACCUGAUAAUGAUCUGAUGAUGCUGGAGGGGAGGAAGGAGCUGGACUCUCCCAGUCUGAUCAAACACAGCAUGACCCUGGACAUCCCCACGGCCCAGACCAACCGAUGCUUCAGCCUCACCUACUCCACCGACAACGAUGAGGAAGAGGAGGAGGAAGAGGAAGGAGACUGCUCCCCGUUCCUGAGCUGCCUGAGGAAGCAGUCAUCCUAUCAGCGUCCGGGACCUCCCCCUGUCAAAGCAGGACCCCCCCUGUGUGUGAGGGACCUCCCCCUGCAGGCCCUGCGGUCCAGGCCAGAUGAUGAUGGUCUAGCGUACGACUCCAUGAAGUACACUCUGGUGGUGGAUGAGAACACUACACUGGAGCUGGUCAGCCUCAGGCGAUGUACCUCAGUGCUGAGUGAUGACAGUGAGCUGUCUACACUGUGUGAUGAUGACCCUCUUGGGACAGGGGAGGUGGAGAACGGCCUGGGGAACGGAGGGGCUGACAUGCAUUUCUCCAAGAAGUUCCUCAACGUGUUUGUCAACAGCACCUCACGAUCCUCCAGUACAGAGUCGUUUGGGCUGUUCUCCUGUACCAUCAAUGGAGAAGAGAGGGACCAGACACACAGGGCUGUCUACAGGUUUAUCCCCAGACAUGUGGAUGAGUUGGAGCUGGAUGUGGACGACCCUCUAUAUGUCGAGGAAGAGGAGGAUGACUACUGGUACAGAGGCUACAACAUGCGGACGGGAGAGAGGGGGAUAUUCCCAGCCUUCUACGCCCAUGAGGUCAUAGGGCAGUCCAAGGAGAUAAUGGGAAUGAAGAGGAACCCAGCCUGGAUGGACAGUUUCAGUGUUCAGUUCCUGGGUUCUGUGGAGGUGCCCUAUCACCAAGGCAAUGGCAUCCUCUGUGCUGCCAUGCAAAAGAUUGCGAUAGCGAGGAAGCGGACGGUCCAUUUGCGGCCCCCCCCCUCUUGUGAGCUGGAGAUCAGUCUACAAGGGGUUAAACUGGUGAUGAGCCUGGAGGAUGAAUACGACACUAUGGAUGAGUUUGACAGAUGUAGUCACUUCUUCCAGAUGAAGAACAUCUCUUUCUGUGGAUGCCAUCCAAAAAACAAUUGCUACUUUGGCUUCAUCACUAAGCACCCCAUGCUGAACAGGUUUGCCUGCCACGUCUUUGUCUCCCAGGAGUCAAUGCGGCGUGUGGCCGAGAGUGUUGGGCGGGCUUUCCAGGAGUAUUACCAGGAGCACCUGGAGUACGCCUGCCCCACUGAAGACAUCUACCUGGAGUAGAGCAGGCAGGAAGCAGGAAAUGUUGCCAUGACAACAGUAUUCUCUUCUUCUUCCUGCUGCUGCUUGUAUGUUUAUCAAUCUCAAUCACCAGAGGACGCUGGUGGGUCUUCUCUCCAUUGCAAAAAUACCCCCUAUAUCUCUCUCUAAAACUGAAAUGUUAAUUUCAGUUCUACAGUAUGCUACGUGUUUUAUUUAUUGAUUAAUUUGUUUAUUUUCCCUCUUCUAGAUGGAUUGCCUGUUUAUUUAACUUUUUUUCCCUAAGAUACAGUUAUAGGAAUAAGAGGCUUGGCACCUGUUAUUUUAGAUAUGACGUAUCCUCCUCGAUUAAAAAAACAAGUACAACAAUUAUAUUCCUACUACUGCUAUUUCACAUGUUCAAAUGCAUGGUUAGGAGGGUAAUGUACACACAGAGCUAUUAGGACACAAAACCAGCUCAACAUUGCAUAGUACCUGGAUCAUAUUAUUUGGUCAGAUAUGGUUUGGUGUAAAUAUACACUACCGUUCCAAAGUUUGGGGUCACUUGUUUUUGAAAGAAAAGCACAUUUUUUGUCCAUUAAAAUAACAUCAAAUUGAUCAGAAAUACAGUAUAGACAUUG